ACCUCACUACAAAACAAAUAUCGAGAGCAUUUCCUAAGUAUUGCGAGGGAGUUCAAGCAAUCAAAGCUGGCAGUCAAGUCUGACUACCCGGUCAAACACCCGCAGAUACCGAUGAUAACUGAGACCAUCGUCAAUAAUACAGAGGCUAUUUUGAAAGAGGCAAGAUCAGGCCUUAACAUAGUUGUUCAAGGAACUGUCUUUGUGAAGGAUGUUAGUAGUAUGCCUGGUUUGCCUCUGUAUAUGAUCCGGCCUUCCUGUACGGUCCCGCACGUUCUAUAG